AUGGAGCCGCCGCCGCCGACGGUGGGAGGGUCCACCGCCACCAUGGGAAUCGGCCAUCUCGGGGCCUCCCCAACGCCUUGUAGAUCCGGCGGUGCUCCCUCCUCAAACUGGGAUCCAGCAGCUCCCCCUCCCCAUCGCCCUGGGAUUCGGUGGCACCCCCUCCCCAUCGCCCUGUUGAUCCGAUGGCGCCCCCUCCCCAUCCCCAUCGUCAGCUGCGCCCCGUCCUUUGGUGCUAGAUCAGCGGGGUCCAACACCGCGGCCACUCACGUAUCGCCUUUCUCGAGGCUUUUCUCGUCGGCCUCGGCGGCCGUGGCCAUCGUGCCCCACGACGGACGCGACUCGGGCCUCGGCGGCUCAGCGUACUGGGCUUGGAUUCGCGCGGGGACCGAGUCGGCCCCGGCUCCCGCGCCGCCACAGGAGGAGGAGGACGAGGGCCCAGCACUCUACAUCCCCGUCAAGGCCUACUUCCUCUCCACCAGCAUUGAUCUAAAGAGCAUGCAAGCGGAGCACGGGAAUGAUAUUGUACCUCCACCGACCUGUUCGCUUAACUACAUUGCGCUUCGGUACUCCGAGUUCCCACCUGAGAUUAUUUUCCAUUAUGGUUCUGCUGUGCUUUUCAGCAUUGCUGAUCAUGAAGCUGAGUACUGUCUUGAUAUAAUUAGGAAGCAUGCUUUAGGAUGGCUUCCAGAGACGAGAAAAGAUGAUUAUGCAGUGGUUGAGAAACCAUCCUUGACAACAUGGAUGAAAGGAGGUCUUGAUUAUAUAGUUCUUAAAAAGUUUGGACAUGGAUGGGAUUUGCAUAAUUUCAAGCGUUCUUGGUCAAAGUAUCGCCCUUGA